GGCGGCGCCCUGUUGGCUGUGCCCGGCGGCUCGCAGCACGGCCCAAGAUGGCGGCGCGCGCGCGGAGGGGCGGCCUGGCGGCGGCUAUCGUGGCCGGUGCCCUGCUCGCCCUCGGGCGGGCGGCGGCGGAGGGGGGUCCGGCGGCGGCGGCGGCGCCUCCGCACCGCCGGUUCGAGUACAAGUACAGCUUCAAGGGGCCGCACCUGGUGCAGGCGGACGGCACGGUGCCGUUCUGGGUGCAUACGGGCAAUGCAAUACCAAGUGCAGAUCAGAUUCGAAUAACAACGUCUUUGAAAAGCCAAAGAGGAUCAGUGUGGACAAAAAACAAGUCAGUAUUUGAAUAUUGGGAAGUCGAAGUGACCUUUCGAGUUACAGGAAGAGGCCGCAUUGGAGCUGAUGGACUGGCAAUCUGGUUUACGGAAGAGCAAGGCAUGGAAGGUCCCGUUUUUGGGGCAGCUGACAAGUGGAACGGUGUUGGAAUUUUCUUUGAUUCUUUUGACAAUGACGGAAAGAAAAACAAUCCUGGAGUGAUUGUUGUAGGCAACAAUGGAAAACUUCUGUAUGACCAUCAGAAUGACGGUUCCACUCAAGCACUGGCCUCCUGUCAGAGGGACUUCCGUAAUAAACCCUAUCCUGUUCGAGCAAGAAUUACAUACUACCAAAAAACACUAACUGUAUUAAUUAACAAUGGAUUUACUCCGGAUAAGGAAGACUUCGAAUUUUGUGCUAAAGUGGAAGAUAUGGUGUUGCCAUCACAAGGAUAUUUUGGAAUAUCUGCAGCAACAGGGGGACUUGCAGAUGACCACGAUGUCCUGUCUUUCCUGACUUUCCAGUUGACUGAACCUGGGAAGGAAGUACCCACACCAGAUGCAGAAAUUCCUCAAAAAGAUAAAGAAAAGUAUCAAGAAGAGUUUGAACACUUUCAACAAGAAUUGGAUAAAAAGAAAGAAGAAUUUCAAAAGGAGCAUCCUGAUGUUCAAGGACAGCCAGCGGAUGAUCCUUUUGAAACUGUAAAUGAUCGUGAACUGAGGCAAAUCUUUGAAGGGCAGAAUCGAAUUCAUCUUGAAAUCAAGCAGCUAAAUAGACAAUUAGACAUGAUUCUGGAUGAGCAGAGAAGAUACGUCUCUGCAGUCACGGAUGAGAUUGCUAAAAGAGGAGCUGGUGUUCCAGGUCAACAAGUACAGGUUUCCCAGCAAGAGAUUGAUACCGUUGUGAAAACUCAAGAAGAGGUCAUUAGACAAAUGAAUGAAAUGAGGAAUUCCAUGGCUGAUACUCUGAGGUUGAUCAGUGGAGCUCAACAUCCUGGUUCUGCUGCAGGAGUCUAUGAAGCAAGUCAGCACUUCAAUGACAUCAAAGAACACCUCCAUGUAGUAAAAAGGGACAUCGAGCAUUUAGUACAACGAAAUAUGCCAUUGAGUGAGAAAUCAAAGUGUCCCGACUUGCCACCAUUUCCAUCAUGCUUAUCUACAAUGCACUUCCUCAUAUUUGUAGCAGUACAAACAGUGUUAUUCAUUGCUUAUAUCAUGUAUAGGAGUCAACAAGAAGCAGCAGCCAAAAAGUUCUUUUGAUGACCUCUUCCUUUUGUGUGUACAUAACAGCAGUAUGUAUGCACAGAAAAUCAUACAGUUCUGUAAAUGAGGGAAAACUUAGUGAUUGAUAUACUUCAAUAUUGUAAAUUAUUUAAUUUUUUUAAACCAUCUUCUCAUUUCAACUGUUAAAGUUAAAAAUGGACUGGGGAGCAGCAGAGCAAAUGCUAGGUAGGGGAAGGUGGCAGACCCUUUCUAGGGCUCUGUUCUCAAUGAGGUUUCUGAUAAAUACUGGAAGGUGUUUACUGUACAGUGUUUACCGUAUUCCUCUUCUUUUGUUAGAAUUUCAGAGGAGGGAUUUAAAAUAAGCAUGUUUGGUGGCUGUUAAUAAUGGGAAUUUGUGAAUUGAUGAUUUGUGCAGAAAACUUGCCACUAAGUAUCCAUAUCAGAUUUAGAAAAGAACAACAAAACACACACGGUUCUCCAAAACCCUCUAAAACCAAACAUUUAAAGCAAAACAAAACUACAUCUCUCUAUUGUGAGGGGAGGAAAACUUGUUAUAAACAUUUCAUUUCUUUACUAUUUGGAUCUAAUGGCUUAAGAAUGAUUUUGGAAAUUCUAACUCUUUUUAAUACACAGAUUUUAACUUUUCUUUAGUAUGUGGACCCAAAGACAGGCCUGCUAACCAUUAAGUUAGACUGUUGAUAUCUAGUAUAGAACAAACUAUACAAGAUAAGCAAACAAAGGCUUAUCUCCUUAUUUUGGGUUCUGUGUUGAGACAGUGAGCAAAAAAA